UUGUAUCUCACUUUGAUUACACUGUAGAACUUUUUUUCUUUUCACAUGUUGGGACUAUUUUCUUUAUUUAAAAGCCUCUUCUUAAAUGUUUUACAAGAUUUUUUUUGUAUCUUUUGCAAACACUGUGGUUAACUCACUCGACAACAUGAUGCAACAGAUUUAGUUGAAAAAAAAAUCCUUAAAGUUGAUUUAGUCGAGCCUGGUGUUAUUUAAAUGAAAGUUUUAACUGAUUUGUAAAGCAUUACAUUCUGUUUGUUAUAUAUUUACCACGACACGCAUAGUUUACAAUACUUCAUGAGGAAGGAGAACACAUAAAUGCUAAGAAUGACUCCUUUUUCUUUAAACAACAACCAAGUAAACAACUACUCCUACCUUGGUGUACUUCUAUGAUCCAGAAGGAUUGAUUCACCCUCUCUCCAUUUGAAGCGUCUCCCUGCUGUCUCCAACUCCAAACUUUCACCAUCCGAAGGACAACUUCAGGUGAACCAUUUCCGCGAAAACGCACUUCAGGAAGCGACUGGAGUGUGGAUGUGUUUGUGCGCGCAGCUACAGGUCCGUUUGUUGCUCGGUGUAAGGCUGAAGUGACUUCUCCUGCUGUCAGUGCCGUUAUUGUGAGGACGCCCCGGUGAACCGCACAAGAGAAGUGAGGAGAAGUCUUCAGGAUCGGCAGCUCCUACCUGGAGGAAGCUGGGCGCGCAGGUGAGCGCGCGAGGGGCUGCGGUCAGAGCUGUGAGGACAUCUAGCGGCGAGACAGAGGAACAACAAGUCCUAGAGCAAAGGGGAGAAGCGUGUCUCUUGGAUGGCCAUGGACAAUCAAAAACCGACAGAAAAUGUGGAAAACAUGCCAUCCUAUGAAGACUCACACACAGGGUUAGAGAAUGAGAGCUACAGCCAUGCUGACGCUGAAACCGAAACGUUCAUGGAGGACUUGGGGCAGCUUUUCGAACACUGCAUCCAGCAAGUGUCCCACAUGGAGGUGCAGCGGAACGAGCUGAUACAGGAGCUGCUCCGUCUGCAGGAGCCAAUGCUGCGAGUUGUGGGGCAUCUGAGAGAAAAGCUGGUGGAGAUGCAGAGGAUGCUCACGCUGGCUCAGCUGGAUUAUGUGGCUGUUUAUCAGGAGGUGAAGGAGGUGAAGAGGAAACUGUUUGUCACAGCCAGAGACUGCAUCCAGAGCCAGGUGACGCUGGCUGAACAGGAGUACCAGGUGGCUCAGUCUGCUGUCACACAGGAGGAGCUCAAGGCCCACAUCCAGAAUCUGACCCAGGAGUUAUCCGAGCUGCAGGAGGCCCAGCAGAACCAGCUGAACAACCUGAGGGACCAGACCUCCAGGCCCCGCAGGCCCAGGGCCAUGAGCGACGCUGGCCAGUGCCGGCAGGCUUCAGUUCGACUGCAGCGGCGGCUCAGCGGCAGCAUGAGGACGCUGGAGGGCUGGUACGAGCCUCGGCUCACGGCACUGCUGAAGAGAAGGCAGUUUGGGGAGGAAGCCUUAAGAAAGAGCAGGGAGCAGGCUACGGACCUGAGGGCCAGCCUGGGGCCCCUGAGAGAGGACAUACAGAGACUGGAGAUGCAGAGAGCCUGUCUGAUGCAGAGGGUCACUCUGAUGGAGCGGGAUAGGGAGGAGAGUGUCACACAACACAAGGAGACUGUGGAGAAAUUACAAGAGACUCUGAGAGAACUACAAAUGGAGUUUGAAGUUCAAAGAGAAUCUAAGAAAAAUUUGGAGGAUCAUAAUGAUGGCCUUUCAAAAGAACUGAUAUUCCUGAGAUGCUCUGAUGAACCCAUUGAAGCCACUGCAGGGGAGGGUCCCUCAUUUCUUUUUCCCCAGUAGAUAUUAACAUGCUUGUGUACACCAUUCCAAACUACAAGACAGCAUUUUAUUUAAUAAGAUAAAUAAAAAAGAUAUAAAUAACUUAUGCAGCAUAAUUCAAACUUGGAAGCCUAUAUUUGUUUCUACAGACUAAUAAUUACCUACCUACCAUCUGGCAUGGUUAGCCAAGAAACAAAGCCAACUGAUUUAAUGUAAAUAUUUUAUUAUGAAUAUAAGAUCACAGAAAAAACAAAAAACAGAAAUAACACAAUCUGGAAAAGGAAUUCUAUGUAUACCAAGCUAAUACAAGUAGAGCCUAUAGUAUGUACAAUUUUAUUUAAAAAUGGAUCAUGAUGAGGGAAAGAAAACCAUCAAACAGAAAACCUGAAUGUUGAACACGUGUGGUGGUUUCAUGGCGAGCCAAAACUGAAGCACUGGGACAUUAAAAAACGUAUAAACACAGACUUACUUUAAAUACCUCAAAACGAGACGACAAUGCACUUUAAACAUUUUUCAAAAACAAAGCUCCCAAGAAAUAGGAUUUGGAGAAAAAUGCAUAUGCACCCAGCACUGGAAAAUAGUUCCAUAUUUUACAAGCAGGUGAAAUGAAGAGAGGUGGAGAAAAUCAUGCCUGGACUUCUGAUUCUGCAGCGCCUUCUGGGUCCUCGUCGUUGUAGAUAUUUUCAGCCUGUAGAAGAAAGUAUAUUCACUGUAACUGGUAUUCAAUGUUGAUAAAGUCACUUCAGAAUUAUAUCCAUGCCGUUUCUGAUAUUUACUGUUCUUUAUAAACCCACAUCUUUGGAUGUACUUUGCCCAAGCUCUUACCAUUUGCCAGACUUGCAUGAUGUUGUCCUCUGAUACAGAGCAGAUGACCCACGGCUCAUUGGGGUUCCAAGAAAAGUCUGAGAUCUUCGCUGUGUGUCCGCCGUGGAUGAACUAGAG